GCCCCUCCCAUCUUCCUCGCUAGGGUUUUCUUCGCUUCCAGCGGCGGCUUCUUGCAGAGACGCCAGGCCGGCGGCGCAGCCGAACCUCGUGAAGAGAAGAAGCAGCUCGCGGAGACAUGCCGGCGGGUCACGGCGUGCGGUGCCGGACGAGGGACUCGUUCUCGAGGCCGUUCAGGAAGAAGGGGUACAUCCCCCUGACGACCUACCUCAGGACCUACAAGAUCGGCGACCACGUCGACGUCAAGGUCAACGGCGCCGUCCACAAGGGCAUGCCCCACAAGUUCUACCACGGCCGCACCGGCCGCAUCUGGAACGUCACCAAGCACGCCAUCGGCGUCGAGGUCAACAAGCAGGUGGGCAAUAGAAUAAUCAGGAAAAGGAUCCAUGUGCGCAUCGAACAUGUUCAGCCUUCAAGAUGCACCGAGGAUUUCCGUUUGAGAAAGAUCCAGAACGAUAAGCUGAAAGCUGAGGCCAAGGCAAGAGGCGAGAAAAUCAGCACCAAGAGGCAGCCAGAGGGCCCCAAACCAGGAUUCAUGGUGGAGGGGGCAACCCUCGAAACUGUUACUCCUAUCCCGUAUGAUGUCGUAAAUGACCUUAAGGGUGGUUACUAGAGCUGAUCUGUAUUGGUUAGCUCUGAUUUGUGAUUUGUGAGCCACAUACAUGUGGUAGCUGGUUUAGUUAUAUUCAUGAUCUAAAUCCCGAGUCUUCUUUCUUGACUUGCUUCUCAAUUUUUUUUGGGGGAUUUUUUUAUCUGUUUCGAGCUGUUCUUUGAAUGCUGCAGAAGCAAUAGUAUCAAAUUAAGAACUACUAUUGAGUC